UUCAAGUGCUCGCAACCCCCAUCAGUGGACGAUACCCUAGGAGCGUUGCCCGUGAUGCCUGAAGUCGUUCCAAGUAGAGUUGUCAGCUUUACGAGUGAAGAUAAAGCUUUUCCUGCAUCCAACCUUUUAAAAGGGUCGUCAUUCUCAAAAUGGUGUUGUGUAAGUGGUGGAAGCAAGCAAGAAGCUGUAGAAUUGAGUUUUUCCGAACCUAUUGAAAUUUCACGUUUAGAUAUUGGGAAUAAUGGUUCUGCCUUUAUUGAAGUGCUGGUGCGAAGAUCUGCUUCAUCAGAUGACUCAUCGGUACUCCUGCCAUCCUCUUCUUUUAUGUCUCCAGUAGAUGCAAAAAACGAAACGAACCUUAACCGUGUCCGGGUAUUUAGUGGUGAUCAGUUUAUAAAAUCUAUAGCCUGCCAGAAAUGGGAUCUAGUCAAAUUUGUUUGCUCGCAACCGUUUAACAAAACUUUACAGUAUGGUAUUUCUUUCGUUUUCUUCCACACUCCAGCUAAUGCGAAUCUAGCAGCCGACGAUAAAAACAUCAAAGUAGAUAACUUACUCAAUGACGAAGAAUCAGACGCACCUCAAUUCAAACCAGGUUCACUCUUUCAGGCUUCACGCCAGACAUCUUGUGAUAAAGACAAUUCACAGCCCAAGUCUUCAAUUUCAGAUAAAUUAAAUGCUUUAAAACAUCCAGCUAAUUCAAUUCAGAACGCGAAUACGUCAAGUUCAUUACUUGUGAGUCGACCAGUCAAUCAUCAUAGUUCCUCUAAAGCCAGUACCAGUUCUCACCAGUCUCACGCAAAACCUUCUUCCACCAACACAGGUAUAAUACGUUCUUCACAGUCUUCUCGCAUAUCAAAGAACAAUGAGGAAUACAAACAAUCUAAAACACUUCAUUCAACCCAAAAACCUUUAUCAAAUGUUAUUCUGACUUUAAGCGGUUAUCAAAAUCCCUUAAGAAGUCAAAUCAGAGAUAAAGCCCUGGAGCUUGGUGCCAAGUACAGACAAGAUUGGGGUCCAGACUGUACACAUUUGAUCUGUGCAUUUCCAAACACACCUAAAUUCAAUCUAGUUAAAGGUAAAGGUAUAAUUGUUUCCGAUAAAUGGAUUACACAAUGUUACGAAACGAAAAGUAAUGUACCUUGGCGUAGCUAUAGAGUUGGACGUGCACCUAGUCCACCAAAUACUGCAACUCUAUCUUCUACAUUAAAUCAGUCUUUAAAUGAUGAUGAUGAUGAUGACGAUGAUCAGUCUCCGAAAUCCAAAUCAUCAGUUCAUAAAACUAAUCUUAGACUACGAGGAAAGAAAAAAUCAGAUGAUGGCGACUGGCAACCAGGUUCUUCUGAUGAAGAAGCGGAUAAUGAUGACGACGAUGACGAAUUCCAGGAGACCGACGAAGACGAAGAUAAUGAAGAAGAAGGAAGUGAUGAGGACUUAUCUGAUGAAUCGAAUCUAAGAAGAAAGCGUAGAUCAAAAACUAACAGUAAGAACCUACAAAAACGACCCCGCUCCACUACUAACGAUGGUUCUAAUGCCAAAAAAACCGUGACUGCUAACGAUCCAGAAGAUGAAAAUACAGAUGAUGAAAUUCAAAGAGUCAUGACAUCGAGUCGUAAUCAGUUGUCAGUCGUUCAUGAAGAUGAGGAUGAGGAAACUAUCAAAGAAUCACUUAUGAAUAGUCUUCCCGAUAUAUUUAUGAAUAAACACUUCUUUAUUCAUAACAAAUCAAUUCCUGAUGACGAAGAAUCUUUAAUUAAACGAUUAAUUGUUGCGUUUGCUGGAACACUGCAUCAGUAUAUGAGUGAUGAAGUCGAAUACGUUAUAACAAGGUCCGCUUGGGAUGUCGAGUUUGAUAAUGUAAGUCUAUAUCCUUGCUUGUUGUUUGUCGCGAUUCAAAUUGUCCUUGUUUUUUUUCGAAAAAGGGAAAAAAUCAAUAGUCAUAAGGAAAUAAAACUGUAUAUCCAUCAAAAUUAGUUGCAUAUUUAUUUUAUCAUUUGUAUAGUGGGGUUGCCGGAGAUUAGCGAAUGUUAUAGUUCACACCAUGAAUUGUCCUUAACUAGAUAAUCAUUAAAAAGUAAGAAGCACUGGAUAGUUGCUUCAUUCUAAUAUAUCGUUUUAUGCAGUGGCAUUGCAUAGCCAUGCCCUCACGAGGGGUUAGAACUAGGAUCCUCAAGUCUUUUGACGGGCACUUAAGCUUUAGAUCAUCCCAUGAUUUACAUAUUUGACUUCAAUUAAUUUGCGAUAUUAUGUAAUUAUCUUUUAGUGUCAUUGGUGGGUAACUAACUUCUCAGUAAUCAACUGGUGGGAAUAUCUCAUUUCUACAGGACAGGCCUAAACAACUCAGUGGUGGCAUCUCAGACUGUGAAACUGAUUGACCCAGGUUUGAAUUCAUUUGGAAGUUUCAGUUACCUGAAAUUUGCGGGUACACCUUACUGACGAUUGGUAACUAGGAUGAAACCUUGGUUUAGAGUUUACUGCUGUCUUCUACCUAACAUCAAAAUGUAAUUAUAAUGAAAUGAAAGAUAAAUAAUAACCAUAUGCUCACUAGCUUCGAGAGAGAAUUCUUGGAGUUCUAAUGAGAAACCAUGACUAGUGGAGUUCAAUAGUGUCGGUCUUGAGGCAAUUACCCACCAAAGACAAUGGAAAAUAGUCACUCAACGUUGUGGAUUGAUUGAAAUUAGACAUUAACACCGUCGCAUAUUAGCUCAGUGAAGUAGAAUUUAAGCGUUCGUGAGCGAGACUGAAGGUCCUGGGUAUGCUUCUCACUUGCGGGAUCGUCAAUGUGCGCUUCCGAAGAGUCUCAUACUAGGACAAAACAGCCGUUCAAUGCUUCUAUGUUCCCAGUGGUAGUCUAACCUAGAAUGGUUCAUGAUCUCAAUGAAACUUAAGAAUCUCCACAAUUUUAUGCUGAUAAUAAUAGUAAUUAACUGACUAGUAAACAUUCGUAUAUAUAUGUGUAUGGAAUUCACCUUGUAGUCUGUUUUUUAUUAUGAAUCUAAUAAUUAAGGUCAUUACACUUGAUUCAACUCAUUUUUGUGCAUGGUUAAAUCAUUAUUAGUGUUAGAAACAUAAAUAAAUAUCAUCGAAUCGAAUAAGUAAAUAACCUUUUUAAUCCUAUCUAUAGAAUUUUGGUAAUGAACAAAAUAUUUGGUGCGUAUUAUUACUGAUAUUAUUGCUAGCGUUGUAUAUAUAUAUGAUGUACUCUUUAUUUGAUUCCACCAUUAUUAAGCCAACUUUUUUGUAAACAGUUCUGUUUAUUUAGCGCGUAAAUCGUAGCACCGCAACAUGAAUCGUUUAGUUUUUCAAGAUAAUUUAUUAUCAACUAGAGAAUUAUUGAAGAGCAUAAUGUUGUACUGUAGAUUCCUGUGAACGUUCAUACCUUCAGACCACUUGGUGGGAAUUCAAUAACGCACAUAUAUAACUUUAGUAUGUUCGUAAUUUAUACAGCAGGAUUUUCACUCAAUGUUGUCGAUCAUUUCUGUUCUUCUCCCGACAGAGAUGAAUCCUACUGAUUAAGUUUGUGUGGCGGUAAUCCUUAGUUGUUAGUGAUUUUUUACUGAAUGACGGUCUGUGAUAAUGUUAACAACUAAAUUCAAAUCGAACAUUUUUCAAAAACUCAAUUUCGUGAUGAUGAUAAUAAUAAUAAUAAUAAAACAUCAGAACUUGUAAAGUCAGUUGAAGUUAACGCAUUGUAAUAAUGGAAUUGGGAUUAGGUAGCACAUGUACCCGACCUCAGUCAAUACUCCACUACUCUCCUCCUUCAGAGUUGAUUAGUCAGUGCUUCUUGUUAGAACUCCAAGAAAGUCUCUUGAAGUUAAUUAUUUAUGGGCACAUUAUUACCAUUAUGAUUACUAAAAUAAAGUUUUUAAUGGUUCUCCAGCUGAUUUCAGUCCACUAUAAAAUCAGUGAAUCUAUAUUUUAUCAACGAGCCAAUCAUGCUUGAGUUGGCGAGUCUUCAGUUUGUACACGAAAUUCAAAAUACAGUGACAGUUUGUACGCUAUAAAAAACCUAGUAGAAGGUAUCUUCAUUCAAUGCUCGAAACUCUUGAAAUCAACGAGAAAUUUGUCUGUUGUGCAGCCAUACACUGAAUUAGACAUUGUGUAACGUCUAAACUGAUUGUAAAGGAAGCUUAGUAUUAUAAAUCCGUUCUUCUUCUGAUUGUUCUAAUUUCAUAGCUAAACGGUUUCAUUAUUAACAUAGUGAAUAAUAUAAACCUUGGUGUCGUAUAAACUACUUGAAAUGUCGGAAAUUAUGCUGGCAGGUGUUUUAUUGUUGUCAUGGUUACUUUGUCACUGUCUUUUUAAACCAUAUUCUCAAUGUUCAGUCUUUAUGAACAUUAUUUUUGAUAGGUUGUUUCAAUUCUUUUGCUAUUCAUCUCAUUGUAUUGUACGACAACUUGAACCAACAAACAUAUAUGCCAGAUUCUAAUUUGUUCUUGUCUAACUCAAUAAUGUUAAGUGGCGUAACUUUACAAAACUUUCAGGGAGUAUUCACACGAAUAUUGUAGAAACUGU